AUGCAUAAGAACAAAAGGGGAAAAUAUGAAGGGAAACUAGGAGGGGAUGACCAGUAUUUUGAUAGCUCAGAUCCAGGUAGUGAGUGUAGUGAUGAUGACAGAGAACCUGUUGGCCCUGAUGAAGUAAGGGAUGCUCCAGCUAGGAAUCCAAGUAAGAAGGUGUAUUUUGAUACAACUUCCAAAAAAAUAUUUUUUGAACUGUAUAUGAUCUUUGAGAAUGCUGUACAGUCUAGGGAGGCAUUGCAGACAUAUUCUAUUCAAAAAGGUGUCAACCUUAAGUUGAAACCUAAUGAGAAGGAAAGGGUUAGGGCAAAGUGCACAAAAAAUGGAUGUCCAUGGCAUAUCCUUGGUAGCAUUGAAGGCAGCAGCAGAAACUUUAGGGUGAUUACAUACUACCCUGUCCAUAAAUGCUACAAGAAAACAAGGAACAAGAUGUGUAACCCACCAUGGAUUGCAAAAAAAUUCAAAGACAGAAUAGUUAGUGAGCCUCAAAUUAAACUUCAUCAGAUUCAAGCCUUACUUAGGCAAUCAUAUGGCUUGUAUGUGAGUAAAACUUCCUGUAGAAGAGCAAAAAUGAUUGUUAUGAAGGAGAAUAUGGGUGAUUACAAGAAAGAAUUUGCUAGGCUUCAUGAUUAUGCAGAAAUGCUGAAGUCUACUAAUCCUGGCACUACUGUAGUGAUAAGGACAUCUAAGGAUUCAGUUUCUGGCAAGGAAGUCUUUAUGGGCAUGUAUGUCUGUCUUGAAGCAUUAAAAACUGGAUGGUUAGAAGGGUGCAGAAACAUAAUUGGCUUUGAUGGUGCAUUCCUAAAGGGGACAUGUAAAGGUGAACUGCUUUCCUGCAUUUCCAAGGAUGGAAAUAAUCAAAUGUUCCCUGUGGCUUGGGCAGUAGUUGAAAAGGAAUCAAAGGAUACAUGGUCUUGGUUUAUCAGGUGUCUCAAGCAUGAUCUAAACUUGACAGAAACUGAAGGAGAAGCGCUGACAGGUCUUCAUCUAGCAAUAACUCAGUUAUUGCCAAAUGCUGAAAUGAGAUGGUGUGCUAGACAUAUCUGGGCUAAUUGGAAGCAAACUUGGCCUGGUGAGGAAAGAAGGAAAAAAUUCUGGCAGUGUGCAAGAGCUACAUUUGAGGUUUACUUUAGCAAGAAGUUGGAUGAAAUGGACCAGCUGGGGGAAAAUAUUGUUCAGGACUUACUGAAAUACAACAAGGAAACAUGGUGUAGGGCAUAUUUCAAAGACCAUAGUAAGUGUGAUGUAGUUGAGAACAACAUGUGUGAGACAUUCAAUAGUUGGAUAUUGGCAGCUAGGCACAAGUCUAUCAUUACUAUGUUAGAGGAAAUUAGAAUCAAGUGUAUGGAGAGGAUGAAUAGCAUGAGAGAGUUUUCUGAAAAAUGGGUAGGUGAGAUAUCACCCAUGGCUAUGGAAAUACUUGGAGAGAAUGCUCAAAGGGCAGCCAAAUGUGAAGUCAAAUUUAAUGGUGAAACAAGGUAUGAGAUCCAGGAUGGGCCAUAUAAGCAUGUUGUUGACUUUAGGGCAUAUACCUGUACUUGUAGAUCAUGGCAACUCAAAGGAAUUCCAUGUGCACAUGCAAUUACAGCAAUGCAUUACAAGAACUAUGAGGUUGAGCCAUAUGUUGACCAUUGGUAUAGAAAGGAUACCUACCUUAAGGCAUAUAGCAGAUUCAUUCAACCUUUAACUAGUAUGAAUUUGUGGCCAACAAGCACACUGCCAGCUAUUGAGCCACCUGUUAUAACUGCAAUGCCGGGAAGGCCAAAGAAAAAAAGGACAAAGGCUGCUGAUGAACCAAAGAAGAAGUUUGGGAAGGGUACAAGGAUAGGGAGACAAAUGAGAUGUUCUUUGUGCAAGACUCUAGGACAUAACAAGAAAGGAUGCCCAUCAGCAAAAAACCAAGAGGGAAGGGCUGGAACUAGUUCAGGUAGAGGUGAAACUGCUGAAAGUGGAACUGCAGCAGCUGGAAGUGCAUCAACAAUACCUGCAAGUGCAUCAACAACACCAGCAAUCCUUGAUCCAAGCACACAACAAUCAACUAAUGUUGCAAGAGGUCCAAAAAGGAAGACCAAUGAGCCUAGAAGAGGUGGUGCAAAUGCAGGGUCUAAGAGAACAAAGACAGCAGGAUAUGGUGUGCUAUUUGAUUCAAGUGGCAUUGUUAUACAGAGGUCUGGAACUACUGACAGAGUGGUACACAAUCCUUCUACACUCAUAAGUUCUGCUCCUACCAACAUUGAACUUAGGUUCAAACCACCUGGACUAGAGUGGAAGGGCCGACCAGCAGUUACACAAAGGCAGCUGCAAGAAUAG